AUGGAAAAGCACAACAGCGUGAGCGAGCCCAUGGUCAAGAUAUCUGGCUACGUGGAUGCUUUGGAAUGCAAGAUUCCAAACAAACUAGCAAUUGAUAGGACUACUGAGGUGGAAAUCAAGAAGGAUCACACUUUGUUAAUGGCCAACAAGACCGUUAGCCAUAAGAAGUCUAGCAAGAAGGGACAGGGAAAUGAUGGGAGGCCUAAGAGGAAUGGCGAAACUUUUGCUACUACUCCUAAGGCAUCCAAGUCUGCACCUAAGCCUGGCGUCGAGUGCUUCUACUGCAAGGGGAAUGGUCAGUGGAAGCGGAACUUCCCCAAGUACAUGCAAGAUAAGAAGGCCGACAAGAUCGCCGGAAAAGACAAAGGUAUAUUUGAUAUACAUGUUAUUGAUUUUUACCUCACAAGUUCUAGGAGUAACACCUAG